ACCGAUAAUAGUUAUGUUUCUUUCAACAAACCACCUAAACCCAACCAUACCGUCUCUCUCUCUGUCUCUCUCUCUCUUUUCGGGUCUUGGCAGAUUCUCGUCUCAGUCUCUCUCUGAAUCGCAAGAAUCGAAGCAAUUCCUCAACAUCCGGUGGGCGACGAGAUCUCUGCAGAUCUGGGUUUAGUUAAAUUUAGUCAGACUUGUUUGAUGGAGAAUGGCAAUUCUGAUGGAUAACAGCUCAGAUCAUUCAUUUAGGGAGCGUGUUCAACACCUCUACAAUAAGAAUGUCGAGUUGGAGAAUAGGCGUCGGAAAGCAGCAAAAGCUAGACUACCUUCAGAUACCAAUGAAUGGCAACGGAUUCGAGAAAACUAUGAAGCUAUUCUUCUUGAAGAUUAUGCUUUCUCUGAACAGCAUGAUAUAGAAUAUGCUUUGUGGCAGUUGCAUUACAGGCGAAUUGAGGAGCUACGUGCACAUUUCAAUGCUGUUCUAGCAGCAGCAGGAUCAACAGCACAGAAUGCGAAAGGUUCCACUCGACUUGGGCCUGAUCGAGUCACAAAAAUUCGUUCCCAGUUUAAGACGGUCCUUUCAGAGGCAACUGGAUUUUAUCAUGAUUUGAUGAUGAAAAUUAGGGCAAAGUAUGGUUUACCACUCGGAUAUGUUUCAGAUAAUCCAGACAAUCAGAUUGCAUUGUCUAAAGGUGGAAACAAAUCUGCUGAGGUGAAGGAAGGCUUGAUAUCCUGUCACCGUUGUUUGAUUUACCUUGGGGAUCUUGCUCGUUACAAAGGCAUAUAUGGGGAAGGUGAUUCCAAAACUCGGGAUUUUGCAGCAGCAUUGAGUUAUUAUAUGCAAGCUUCGUCUCUUUGGCCUUCAAGUGGCAACCCUCAUCAUCAGCUUGCGAUACUGGCUUCUUAUUCGGGGGAUGAAUUGGUGGCAGUAUAUCGGUAUUUUCGAAGUCUGGCUGUUGAUAACCCUUUUGCUACUGCACGGGACAAUUUGAUCAUUGCAUUUGAGAAGAAUCGUCAGAGUUACUCGCAGCUGUUUGGAGAUGCUAAAGCUGCUUCUGUCAAGUUGGCACCUGUGCGGAUGACUGAGAAAGGACGAGGGAAAGGUGAAACAAGGCUUCCGUUAAAAGAUAAUGGAGUAGAAGCCAGUGUUGUCAAGGCAAAAAUAUCCAGUAUACCCGAAACCUUUAAAGUGUUUAGCAUUCGCUUUGUCCGACUAAAUGGCAUUCUGUUCACACGCACAAGUUUGGAGACAUUUGGGGAAGUAUUCUCUUUGGUUAAAAGUGAUUUGCUUGAGCUUCUCUCUUCUGGGCCAGAGGAGGAGUACAAUUUUGGUUCAGAUGCAGCUGAGUGUAGAGUUGUGAUUGUUAGGCUUAUAGCCGUUCUCAUAUUCACCUUUCACAAUGUGAGUAGGGAAACUGAAAAUCAGUCAUAUGCUGAAAUUCUGCAACGGUCAGUUUUGCUUCAGAAUGCGAUUGCUGCUAUUUUGGAGUUUAUGGGCCAUGUACUUGAGAGAUGCAUCCAGUUGAAUGAUCCUUCAGCAAGCUACUUGUUGCCUGGGAUUAUGGUUUUCGUGGAGUGGUUAGCCUGCCGUCAAGACAUUGCUCUUGGUAAUGAAUUGGAGGAGAAACAAGCUAGUGCUAGAUCAUUUUUUUGGAACCAUUGCAUUUCCUUUUUCAACAAACUCUUGUCAAGUGGGCUUGUGGUUAGUGAUGAGGAUGAAGAUGAAACAUGUUUUUCCCAUAUGAGCAGGUAUGAUGAAGGUGAGACUGCCAAUCGGCUUGCAUUACCUGAGGACAUUGAAUUGAGAGGAUUUCUUCCUCUUCUCCCUGCACAACUCAUCCUUGAUUUUUCAAGGAAGCAUUCUUUUGGAAGUGAUGGUGGCAAUAAGGAGACAAAAGCCCGUGUUCAGAGGGUUGUAGCGGCCGCAAAGGCUCUUGCUAAUGUGGUCCAGGCUGGUCAACGAGGAAUUUAUUUUGACACAAAGGCAAAGAGAUUUAUGUUUGGAAUUGAGCCUCGAAUUUCUGAUGAUUAUUUACUCACCAGUUCUUUGGAAACUCCCAAAUUGAAUGGCGUGGGCCUAGAGACUGCAGUUGAGGGUCAAAAGACUCCCGGGGUCUUGCAGCCAGAGGCAGAGACGAAUCUAGAAGGUGAAGAAGAGGAUGAGGUGAUUGUCUUCAAGCCAUCUUUGAAUGAAAAGCAUGUCGAUAAGAUUGCUUCAAAUUUGACUUCUGAAUUUUUUGCAUCUGGUGUUAGUUCCUCCAAAGUAGAUUUGGGAAAUGAAGGUGGAACUUUUUCCACCUCACGUGAUGGUUUCCUUGUGCAGAAUGCUUUCAAUACAGGUUCAAGGUCACCUGCAUCUGUUGCUAACAUUACUGCCCAGUAUCUGCAACCAAAUCAACCAAGUACUUCGAAGUGGCUACUAGAGCAACAAGGUUUUAUUACGAAUGGAUGGGGCAGUUUAAAUCUGUUGGAGAAUGGCCUUCCUUUAAAACAUGAGUUGGAAAGUCAUCUAGGAGUUGUGCAGCCUGCUACUUUUUCUGUUCCCUUUCUUCAGUCUGCCAAUGUCAGUGCUGGCUAUACCCAUUCUAUUCCCGUCCCAGAAACUGUUGUGUCAUUGAAGGUUGAUUCAAUGAUGUCUUCAGGAGCUGGUGUUGAUAACUGGUCCGUGAAUGCUUCAUCAGUUAUGUCAGCAGGUUUACAGAAAAAUCCAGUGAGUCGACCUGUCAGGCACUUUGGUCCCCCACCUGGGUUUGGCUCUGUUCCUCCCAAAGUAGUGGAUGGAGGAUUGUCUGGUAUGGCUUUAAAGAAUGAAAACCCACCGAAGGAUGAUUAUAGCUGGCUUGAUGGAUAUCAGGUGCGAUCAUCAACUCAAAGCAUUGGAUUUAACAGUUCCAUUAAUCCCUCAGCGCAGACAUACCAUCCUGUGAGCAAAAGCAAUAGCUCAAUUGGGAUAGUAGGCUUUCCCUUCCCUGGGAAACAAGUGACGGAAAACCAGAGAGACUGUCAGCACUAUCAGUUCCCUGAGGAUCUGAAAUUAUAUUUGGAGCAGCACCAGCACCAGCAGCAACCACUUCAGAAAGGAAAUCAACAGUCUGUUGCACUACCACAGCAGCAUCAAGCACAGUCUCUCUUGGAAGACCGUUUCCUUGUGUGA